AUGUCUACACAAUCGACUCCAUCCUUGGGUAUUGAAUUCAGCACGAUUCGAAGUGUCAAAGAUGCAUUGGCACUUGCUUCCACACACAAAUAUGACUUUCUCGUUAUACCGAUUAUUCGAAAACAAUAUGGCACUGAUCUUCUGACCACGUACGGCUCCAAACAAUUAGCAUGGCCAGCCAUUGCCAGUCGAUUGAAGGGUGUUGGUGAAAGUGCAGAUAUGUCCACAGCAUUAGUGGCUCUCAUUCGACACGUUGUUGAUGUUGAUUCCUUAAAUCUUCAUAUCAGAGCUAAAGCAACAAAAUUGUUGCAAGAAGAACUUGCUGCCGCUCAAUAUUUCAGUGUUGCACGUGUGAUUAUACGGAUCCGUAAUGGAAACAUCACAAAUCUAACUCGAAUUGCAGCUAGUACACUCAAUACCCUGUACUUUGCAUACUGGUUCGUCUUUCCAACACGUGCACAAGGUCCAGGUAGUGAAGAUGACGAUGAAGCUGAGUUGCAACCUUGGCUUUGGUGGAAUAAAAUCUAUAAGUUACUCGAUUAUCAUGGAAAAGUCUACCCUGUAUUAGAAUUAUCGGCUGACGUUCCCAGUGAACAAUCACAGAAGCGUUGGUUAGGCGAACCAGUACGUGCUGUAAUAUUACCAACAAAGAUCUUUACAACGAAUGCCAAAGGUUUUCCAGUACUUUCACCGGGUCAUCAACUUUUUAUAAUAAAACUAAUAAAACUUAAAGUUCAAUUUAUAAUCAAAGGAAUUAAUGCAAGAGACUCCAUGCUAUUCGAGCCCUAUUUACAGUAUCUCAAACAUGUUACACGACAAACUGAACCAACAAAUCGUAUCUUGGAAUCAUUUACUCAUGGCUAUGAAGAUCGAUUACAAGUACCACUUCAACCAUUAGCUGAUAACUUAGAAUCACGUACAUACGAAAUAUUCGAAAAAGAUCCAAUUAAAUACGUACAAUAUGAAAAAGCUGUUUACCAAGCAUUGAUCGAUCGAUACGAUCCAAAGACACUUGUAACUAUUAUGGUCGUCGGUUCUGGUCGUGGUCCAUUAGUCAAUCGAGCCCUCGAAGCAGCUGACAGAGCAAAAUAUAAAGUACAUAUCUAUGCUGUUGAAAAAAACCCUAUGGCAAUCAUUUCUCUUCACGCUCAAAAACAAGAAUGGGGUAAUAGAGUUACCAUUGUUCAUGAAGAUAUGCGUUCCUGGCAACCAGAAUGUAAAGCUGAUAUAAUGGUUAGUGAACUGUUGGGCUCAUUUGGUGACAAUGAAUUGUCACCUGAAUGUCUGGACGGAGCCCAACGUUACUUAAAAGAAAAUGGAAUCAGUAUUCCCUACUCAUAUACGUCAUUUAUAUGCCCGAUCCAAUCGCCACGCAUCUAUUCCGAAUUAUUGUACAAUCGAGAUGCAAAUAAGCCUCAUUAUGCAAAUUUCGAAACACCUUUUGUUGUCUAUUUACAUAAUUGCUUUUCGUUGUCGGAAACGAAACCACUAUUUACAUUCACACAUCCAAAUUUCUCAACACCUAUUGACAAUUCCAGAUACGGUGAAGUAGAAUUUACUAUACCGACCACAGACAUAUCUAUUAGUAUUGAACCGAACACGCAUUCGAAAAACUUAAUCAGUUGGUUUCCGAUGUUCUUUCCUAUUCGAGAGCCAGUAACUUUAGCGGCUAAUUCGAAAAUUAAAGUGAAUUUCUGGCGUUGUUGUUCAUCUUCUCAAGUUUGGUACGAAUGGACAAUGGUGGAACCAACAACAUUACCUAUACAUAAUCCAAGUGGUCGAUCAUUUUCUAUUGGAAAGUAG